AUGGCGGGCGGCGCGGGGCGGAAAGGCGGAAGCGGCGCAGGGAGAGGGGCGGUGCCGCGGCCGGACCGUACCAACGCGCGCUGGGCGGGGGGAGGAGCCUGCGCGCCGCGCGCCCCCGCGGGAGGCACGCUGCCGGAGCCCGGUCAGACCGCAGCCGGUGUUCUCACGCCGGCCGAGGUGCGGCACUCUUACACCGGCAGUGAUGGGGACGUGAUGGCGGGCGGGGCGGGAGCGGCAGCCGCGGCACCGCGGAGCAGGGGCAGAGUCAGGGGCAGGGCCGUGCGCGCAGGCGGCCGCGCGGGACGGACAGACGGACAGACAGACGGGCCGGUCUCGCUCCCCGCGGCGGCGCCGCCGCCGUAUCCAAGCAGCCGCCGCGCCUCACCGGCCGCGCGCGGCCUGGGCGCGCAGCCAAUAGGAGCGCACGGGGGCGGGGCUGGCCGGCGCGGACCGGCGCGAGGCGGCAGCCGCGCUCCCCGAACCUCGGCGGCGCUGCGGCCGCGCCCGGACCGGGACCGUGGUCGGGACCGGCGGGUGCGGACGGUGAGCGGGACCGUCCGGCAGCGCCUGCCCCGCUCCGGCCCGGCCUCCAGGACUGAGCUUGCCCUAAAAGAAACCAUGUCAUCAGGGGGAGCUGAAGAUGAUAUUCCUCAAGCAGAGAGAAAAACGGUGACAGACUUUUGCUACUUAUUGGAUAAAUCUAAGCAGCUCUUCAAUGGCUUAAGGGAUUUACCUCAGUAUGGGCAGAAGCAGUGGCAAUCCUAUUUUGGGCGAACAUUUGAUGUUUACACCAAACUCUGGAAGUUCCAACAGCAGCACCGACAAGUAUUGGACAAUCGGUAUGGGUUGAAGAGGUGGCAAAUUGGGGAAAUUGCUUCCAAGAUUGGGCAGCUCUAUUACCAUUAUUACCUGCGCACCUCUGAAACCAGCUAUCUCAACGAGGCUUUCUCCUUCUACUCAGCCAUCAGGCAGAGGUCCUACUACUCCCAAGUCAACAAAGAAGACAGGCCCGAAUUAGUGGUUAAGAAGCUGCGUUACUAUGCAAGGUUCAUAGUGGUUUGUCUCCUGCUCAACAAGAUGGAUGUUGUAAAGGACCUUGUAAAGGAGCUGUCAGAUGAAAUUGAAGACUACACGCAUCGUUUCAAUACUGAAGAUCAGGUGGAGUGGAACCUGGUUCUUCAGGAAGUGGCAGCAUUUAUUGAGGCAGACCCUGUCAUGGUUUUAAAUGAUGACAACACCAUUGUAAUCACCUCUAACAGGCUUUCUGAGACGGGAGCUCCGUUGCUGGAGCAGGGGAUGAUAGUGGGACAGCUUGCUCUUGCAGAUGCGCUCAUUAUUGGGAACUGCAACAACCAGGUCAAGUUCAGUGAACUGACAAUCGACAUGUUCCGAAUGCUGCAGGCUCUGGAGAGGGAACCCAUGAACUUGGCAUCACAAAUGAACAAACCUGGAAUGCAGGAGUCAACAGAGAAACCAGCCAGGCGGGAAAACCCCCAUAAAUACCUACUUUAUAAACCAACUUUUAGCCAGCUAUAUACAUUUUUAGCAGCAUCAUUUAAGGAGCUGCCUGCCAACAGCGUGCUGCUGAUUUACCUGUCUGCCACGGGCGUGUUCCCAUCAGGUCGUUCGGAUAGUGAAGGUCCCUACGAUUUCGGGGGAGUGCUGACCAACAGCAACCGCGACAUCAUCAACGGGGACGCCCUGCACAAGCGCAACCAGGCCUACAAGGAGAUGCACUGCCUUCACCCUGGAGAUCUCUACCCUUUCACCAGAAAGCCCCUGUUCAUCAUCGUGGAUUCUUCCAACAGCGUCGCCUACAAGAAUUUCACAAACUUAUUUGGACAGCCACUGGUGUGCUUGCUUUCUCCAACAGCAUAUCCAAAAGCAUUACAAGAUCAGUCUCAGCGGGGUAGCCUCUUCACACUCUUUCUGAACAAUCCCUUAAUGGCAUUCCUGUUUGUCUCUGGAUUAUCAAGCAUGCGCCGAGGAUUGUGGGAGAAGUGUCAGGAUUACCUCCGGAAAAUCAACCGGGACAUUGCCCAGCUGCUGACCCACUCCCGCUCCAUAGAUCAGUCCUUCCUUCAGUUUUUUGGGGAUGAAUUCCUUCGCUUGCUUCUCACGAGAUUUAUCUUCUGUUCGGCUACGAUGAGGAUGCACAAAAUCUUCCGGCAGGAGACUCGAAAUUAUCCCGAAUCUUACCCUCAGCUGCCAAGAGAUGAAACGGUGGAGAACCCUCACCUCCAAAAGCACAUUUUGGAGCUGGCUUCCAUUCUGGAUGUUAGGAAUGUUUUCCUGGAAAACACACUCGAUGACUAUUAAAAGAAACUGUCUUACUGCAAAGGGGAUUCCCUGGCCACAGAUUUUGAAUGGUGCAGUUUUAUAAUGUGAAAAUCAUAAAAGGAAGUACUUGAUUUUAUUUUUAAAUUUAGGACCAUUAUUUUAAAAAGUAAUAAUAAACAGCUGUUAGUUGAGCUGUUCCAUUCUGUAUGGGGUCAAUUUUAUAAGCAGAAGUUUUCAUGUCUUUUAAAUGUUAAACUAAAGAAUCACUAGAGGUUUAUUUCUGGUCUUGUGGCUGUCAACCACAUUUCCAACAGCUGAUCCUAAGCAUAGAAGUAUUAUUGGUUACCUUUAGCCCACAUUUGUGGAAAGCCUUUAUUUUUAUACAAUUUUAAGAAAUUGGAAAGAAAAAAAUCAACAGAAAAAACCAAUAUUUUAUCCCCAAAGAGUUUGGAUUUGAAAUGGUAAAGAUGGAACCACACAGUGCAAACCAACAAUAGCAAUAACACAGAUUCCUUCAUAUCAAAUAUAUUUUUUCAGUCUUAGGCAAGUGAGGAAACAAAA